CGAAGAUGUCCUGUCUUGUGUUGCACGAUUCAUUCAUCAAGUUUACAGUUCAAUGUUGGAAGUUCUGCGAAAUUUUACAUCACUGAGGAUUAUAUUUUAUCGUUUAUACCAAGCAAUUUAUCGUACUCGCGAAGCUGCAUCAAGAUGUUUAUGCCAGAUUGCGACAACGUUACUGCAAGCACUGGUAUGUGUGAUAUACAAUAUUGUUACAGAGUGGAGGGAACUAUUGUUGAAGAACUCUCCAACAACUGGAAGACUUGAACCUUUGCCCAAUCUUGGUGCUUAUCAGAAACGGAAGCAUGGAGGAAAACCAAAAACAAAAUCAACUACAGAAGACCAAAAUGAACCAGAUGAAAAAAAAUCAUGUCCAAAGAAAACCAUCGAUGCCAUCACACGAACCACAUCACCUUUACCAAAACUUCCACAUGAUCUGUUAGCUCAACAGAAGAAGUUGGAUGAGAGGUUAUCUUCUAAACGAGGGACAGUAAGGUUUGAUAUGGAUAACUCGAUAAAGGAAGAAAAACUGGUCGUCAAAGAAGAUGAUGUUUUAUCAUUUAUUGAAAUGGUAAAAUCUAAUCCAAAGAUUGGAUUUCUGUAUAUGAGUCCAGCUGUGCCAAAGUCAUCCAUUGAAUAUAAUCCAUAUAAUUUAAGGAUAGUAGAUCAUGCAGAAAUCAGAGAAUCUGACAAUUACUACACCAUCAGCAAGGAGGGUGUGUCUCAUAUCUCUAACACUUCAGCGGAAUUUACCCCCCUGGAAAGAUGGGCAAAAGAGUAUGACGACUAUAAGAAAUUGGUUCUAAUCAAGACAUUUAAAAAGUUUCGUUUAUGGAAAGGCUUCGCUGUAUGGAGAAAGAAUGUGCGUACAAAGAAAAUCUCUGUAUGUAAAAACAAGUUACGAGAUAAUCUUUUCAUCGUUAAUGCAUCAUUGCGUCCUGCUUUGCUUAAUGUUCGUGAAAUGUGUUAUCGUAUCAGCGACAUGGGGUUAUGUCGUAUUGAACGGAACAAAACGUAUACAUUAGAUGAGUUUAGACAAGCACAAUUUGAACAACUUCAAGAGGUGACGAGUCGACUUGAGGAGUUUCGUGAUCUUGUUAAGGAGGUUGUACGUAGUGCUUGUCGUACUGCAUUAAAGGAAGCUGGUUUUAUUCCUGACGAUUAUCUUGUUGAUCCUGACAGUGAAAUGGAUGGUUUUGUUCAAAAUCAUUUGGAGGCAGUUGAGAGUGCUUCAUCUUAUGGUAUGUAUGGUGACUACGAAUUUGAUCUGUACGGGGAAGCACCGGAUAAAAUGACCUACACGGAACAAGCGAAUAAAAGAAGCCAUUGUGCUCGAUUUACAAGUUUCAUUCGUCUUGCUGAUUAUUUGAUCGUAAACACAAUGCAUGCCCUGGCUGUGAACUCUGUAUCCACACUUCUUAAUCAUCUAGAAGAUCAAUUACAUGAUUUAAAACAUUCCUCGAAUCAUGAGAUUGAUACGCAAGAAGAGAGCGGAGUUGAUCUGAAACCGUUGUUCAUAACUGAGCUACUUAUAGAGACUCGUUCUUUAUUCUUCGUUCCCGAUCUUGACGACUUUCAGGAAGGCGUACAUGAAGUAAUCAGUCAUUUUCAAGAAGCGGUACUCAGUGUUCAUAAUCUUGUCCCUGAUAUUUAUUUUCAAGCUUUUACAAGUCCAAUCAUCAAUGGUAAAGUUGAAGAAUGUAGUAUUGGAGAAGGUCCAAGUUUGACAAUGAUGUUUGACGAUGACAAACACUUACGUCAUUUGAAUAAUAAACUGGCUGAAGCAAUAACCGCUGCUUUUGACUCAGCUGCACGUUUUGCAAACUCUCUCGAGCCGUACAGAGAAUUUUAUGAAGAGAACGAGAGUUUGGAUUUGGAAGAAAUGAAAAUACAAGAACACGAUGUGGAAUUUUUCAAGAUAUCGUUGGAAAAAUACACAACAGAAAGAAUGUUGGUGGACAAAGUUCCCGAUAAAAAAGCCAUUGGAAUGUUAUUUCUUGAUUGUCUACAGUUGAAGAAAGUUUUAAUUCCCUCACCUUUGAAAUGUUUAGAUGUGAUUCAUGAAAUCCUCCCUGAACUGGCAAAGAAACGAGUUGAUUCCUUAAUGGAGUUUUGUCAGGAUUCUCAGUUUAAACUUGAGAUCGUGCCAUCAACGACUGAAGAAUUCGUCGAUAGCCUUACGUUUCUUGAUGAUAUACAAGAAAAGCUAGAGGAUCUCGAAUCAAACUGCACCACAGCUAAAGAACUUUAUAACUUAAUCGAACAUUAUAAUGUUCCUACUCCACCUGAAGAUUUGGCAGUUUAUCAGACUCUCAAUAGCGCGGUCUCUAUGGUUCGUAGUGCUAUUGACAAAGGUCUUAGUGACAGAGAUCAAAAUCUUGACAAGUUUUGCACAUGUCUUGAUAAAGAUAUUGCUUUCCUUGGUAAAGAAGUCAAGUCGAUUAAGCAACAAGCACAGAAUCCGGUGAUUUUGGAUCCUAGUUCUGAUCCAAAAAAUAUCGUCGCGUUCCUUGGCGAACUUCAAGGGAAAAUGAAUGAAUUACAAAAGAGAGCUUUUAUGUACAAAUCAUAUCAAAAGAACUUUAAGGUUGAAGUAACAAAGUUCGAAGAGCUAGAAGAAACUCACGCUGAACUAAAAUUGAAGCAAACUUUGUGGGAUUCACGUAUUGAAUGGGAAGUGAACUAUCAAGAAUGGAUGGAUGCAUUAUUUGAAAGCCUAGAUCCCGAGACAUUGACAAAUCAAGUUAUGAAAUACCAUAAAGUGGUUUUACAGCUUGAGAAAGGUUUGCCGCCAAAUGGUGUUGUACCGCAAUUGAGAGGAAAUGUCGAUGACAUGAGGCACAAGCUACCAGUUAUCUCAGAUCUGCGCAAUCCUGCUUUGAAGCAGCGCCACUGGGAUUCCAUACAGCAAAUAUUGGAAUAUAAUUUUAGCGAAGAGAACGCGCUGACCUUAGGACUUUUGGAAGAGAUUGAGGCGUUUGAUCAUAGUGAAUCUAUACAAGAGAUUUCUGGUCAGGCAUCUAGUGAAGCAUCGCUGGAAACUUUGCUAAAAAAGGUUGAAGAUGGUUGGAAAGCAACCGAGUUUAUUGUGCUUCCUCAUCGUGACUCAAAAGAUGUUUUUAUUCUUGGCGGCGUUGAUGAUAUUCAAGUGCAACUUGACGAUAGUCAGGUCAACAUUUCUACCAUCGCAGGCUCGCGUCACGUUGGUCCUAUAAAACCGCGCGUAGAAGAAUGGGUACGACAAUUAUCGUUAUUUAGUGAAACACUGGAUGAAUGGAUGACGUGUCAACGUAAUUGGCUUUAUCUUGAGAGCAUCUUCAGCGCUCCUGACAUUCAAAGACAAUUACCUGCUGAAGCAAAGAUGUUUAUGACUGUCGAUAAAUCUUGGAAAGAGAUUAUGAGAAAGGUUGCUAGGUUACCAAACGCAAUGAGAGCUGCAACGCAACCUGGCCUUUUGGAGACAUUUCAAAAUAAUAACGCGUUAUUGGAUCAGAUUCAGAAAUGUUUAGAAGCGUAUCUUGAAUCCAAAUGUGUUGUUUUUCCAAGAUUUUAUUUUCUAUCCAAUGAUGAAUUGUUGGAAAUUCUUUCCCAGACACGAAAUCCUCAUGCAGUUCAACCUCACUUACAGAAAUGCUUCGACGCCAUUGCAAGCUUAGAAUUUGGAAGUGCUCCGACACAGACAUCCAAUGAACCUGCUGACAGACCUUCUUCUGCUAAUAAAGUAGUUGAAACAAAAACAAAUGAUAUUAUCGCAAUGAUUUCACCAGAGAAAGAACGCGUGCCUUUAGGAAAGGGCCUCAAGGCAAGAGGGAAUGUUGAAGAAUGGUUAGGUAAAGUGGAAGAAUCAAUGGUAAAUACUCUUCGUAAAUUAACAAAGUACGCCAUUAGCGAUUAUGAAGAAAAAACUCGUGAAGAAUGGGUUACCUGUCAUCCCAGUCAGAUCGUUUUGACGGUUUCUCAAACAAUGUGGUGUAGGGAAUUAACACAAUGUCUUACAUCAACUGAUGAUCGGCUUGAGGAACUAAAACAAGCUGAACAAAGAUCGUUCCAGAACUUGAACAAGCUCGCGGCUCUUGUUCGUGGUGAACUGCCAAAAAUCACCCGGAGCAUUCUCUGUGCUUUAAUUACAAUUGAUGUUCAUGCAAGAGAUAUUGUCACUGGUCUUGUUGAAGCCAAGAUUGACAAUGUAGAAAGUUUUGAAUGGAUGAAACAGUUACGUUAUUAUUGGGAUCAAGAUCUUGAUAAUUGUGUCGUUCAAAUGUCCAACUCGCAAUACACGUAUGGUUAUGAAUAUCUUGGUGCCUCCCCCCGGCUUGUCAUCACACCUUUAACUGAUCGUUGCUAUCUUUGUCUUAUGGGAGCGUUACAGUUGGAUCUUGGUGGGGCACCUGCUGGUCCUGCUGGUACUGGAAAGACUGAAACUACUAAGGAUCUUGCUAAAGCCCUUGCUAAACAAUGUGUUGUCUUCAACUGCUCUGAAGGCAUUGAUUACAAGAUGAUGGGGAGAUUUUUCUCUGGUCUUGCACAAUCUGGAGCUUGGUGUUGUUUUGACGAAUUCAAUCGUAUCGAUAUCGAGGUUUUAUCUGUUAUUGCUCAACAAUUGUUGACUAUCAGAAAUGCAAAGAUUGCAAGGGAAAGUCGUUUUAUGUUCGAAGGUCGUGAGAUCAAGUUGGUUCCUUCUUGUGCUGCUUUCAUCACGAUGAAUCCUGGUUAUGCGGGCAGAACUGAGCUGCCUGAUAAUUUAAAGGCUUUGUUCAGACCUAUGGCAAUGAUGGUACCAGAUUAUGCUCUUAUUGCUGAAGUCAUUCUGUAUUCGGAAGGUUUUGAAUCUUCCAAGAACCUCGCUCGAAAGAUGGUACAAAUGUAUCGUCUUUGCAGUGAACAAUUAUCUCAGCAAGAUCAUUAUGAUUUUGGUAUGAGAGCAGUAAAGUCUGUACUUGUAAUGGCGGGAACAUUGAAACGAAGCAAUCCUAAUCUCAGUGAAGAUGUUGUAUUGAUAAGAGCCUUGCGUGAUAGCAAUUUACCGAAAUUUCUUGCUGAUGAUGCAGUAUUGUUCCAGGCUAUACUUUCUGAUCUUUUCCCUGGACGAGAAAUACCCGAUCAUGAUUACGGUAAACUUCAAUCAACCAUCGAAGAUUGUCUUACAGAACAGAAAUUACAGGUUGUACCAGCGAUGGUGAAGAAAACUAUACAACUUUAUGAAACAAUGUUAGUUCGUCAUGGUGUCAUGUUGGUAGGACCAACUGGUGGUGGUAAAACUACAUGUUAUGAGACAUUAAAGAUGACUUUAACUAGUCUUCAUUCUCAAGGUGUUGAUGAUCCAGAUUAUUUACCUGUUCAUACAUACGUUCUUAAUCCUAAGUCUAUAAGUAUGGGUGAACUUUAUGGUGAAGUGAACAAGAUAACUUUGGAAUGGCAAGAUGGUUUGAUGGCUUUAACUGUCAGACAAUGUGUUCAGGAUACAUCUGAGGAUCACAAAUGGAUCGUAUGUGAUGGACCCGUGGAUGCUUUAUGGAUUGAAAACAUGAACACUGUACUCGAUGAUAAUAAAAUGUUGUGUCUCGCUAACAGUGAAAGAAUCAAACUCAAUCCAACAAUACACAUGUUGUUUGAAGUUCAAGAUCUUGCUGUUGCCUCUCCAGCUACUGUGAGCAGGUGUGGUAUGGUUUAUGUCGAUCCAGGACAGCUUGGUUGGAAACCUUACGUUACAUCUUGGAUACAAAGGGUUGGAGAGAAACUAGCAGAUGAAAGUCAGGAAUAUCUUAUAAAUUUAUUCAAUACUUAUGUUGACGCUGGUUUGAAAUUUGUUACCAAGAAAUGUACCCAAGCUAUACCUCAGGUUGACAUAAGUAAAGUGACAACUCUUUGCUAUCUAUUUGAGUCAUUAUUACUUCAAGAUGCUACGGACUUGAACAUGGAUUCAAACCGUCUUCAUUCUUUGAUUGCUACCACUUUUCUCUUCUCUUACGUUUGGGCCAUUGGUGGAAAUCUCGUUGAAAGAUGUAUGGAUAUGUUUGACUCUUUUGUCCGGGAACUUUUCGCCAGUGUCAUGAUGUCACAACCAUCUUCUGGGGAUCUUUAUGGAUAUUAUGUUGAUAAUGAAUCAAAACGCCUGGAACCAUGGGAGAAAAUUAUUCCAUCGUUUAAAUAUUCGCCAGAGGUUCCAUAUUUUGAUCUUCUUGUCCCAACUGUUGAUACAGUGAGAUUUGGUUUUUUACUUGAGAAACUCGUCUCUAUUCAACAAUCUGUCCUUUUUACAGGAAUGACUGGAGUGGGAAAGUCUGUCACGGUAAAAGGUUGUCUGGAUAGUUUCAGUGAGAAAUGCGCCAUUGUUCCCGUCGCCAUUAACUUUUCAGCUCAAACAAGCAGCAAAAGAACACAAGAAAUAAUUGAGUCAAAACUGGAGAAGAAAAGGAAAAAUAUACUUGGAGCACCUUCGGGAAAGAAAGUUGUCAUAUUUGUUGAUGAUCUCAAUAUGCCUAAACUGGAUACAUAUGGUGCCCAGCCUCCAGUGGAGUUACUCCGACAGUACCAAGAUUUUAAGGGAUUUUAUGAUCGUGAGAAAAUGUUUUGGAAGGAAAUCAAGGAUGUAAUCAUUUGUGCAGCAUGUGCCCCUCCUGGUGGUGGCAGGAAUCCUGUUACCCCCCGGUUUAUACGUCAUUUCAGUAUGUUCUCAAUCCCAACUUCUGCUGAACACACACUGACACAUAUUUUUAAGUCCAUCGUUUCUGGAUUCUUGACGGAGUUUCCGAAUGAAGUACGAACAGCUGCUGAAGCAAUUGUUGCCUCUAGUGUUGAGAUUUAUUUACGAAUGAGCACAGAUCUACUUCCAACUCCUGCAAAAUCGCAUUACAUAUUUAACUUAAGAGAUCUUUCCAAGUGUAUUCAAGGUGUUCUUCAGGCAGAUCCAGGCACAGUUCGAGAUUACUCACAGAUAUUUCGUCUUUUUUGCCACGAAGCUCAACGAGUGUUUCACGAUCGUCUUAUCAAUCACGAGGAUAAGAAAUACUUCAAUACAAUUCUCGCGGAGAUGUCCCAGAAACAUUUCUCAAAGAACGUUGAUCCUGAGAUGUUUGAAACGAAGCCCAUAUUAUUUGGUGAUUUCAUGAAGAUGGGAGCUGAGCCUUCGGACCGAAUGUACGAAGAACUGGCAGAUAUGACGAAAUUACAAAUCAUCUUAAAUGACUAUUUAGAUGAUUUCAAUUUAAACUCAUCAAAAGAAAUGAGACUUGUCUUCUUUAUGGACGCUAUUCAACACGUCACGAGAAUAUCCCGUAUGGUACGUCAACCAAGAGGUAAUGCGCUGCUUGUUGGUGUUGGAGGGACUGGGAAACAGAGUUUAACAAGACUAGCUGCUCAUAUGGCUGGCUUUAAAUGUUAUCAAAUUGAAUUGACAAGAGGAUACGAUUAUUCAGCUUUUCGUGAAGAUCUUAAACAGCUUUAUUUUUCUGCUGGUCUAGAGAAAAGGCAUACAGUAUUUCUCUUCACUGAUACACAGAUUGUUGUGGAGGAAUUCCUUGAAGAUAUUAACAAUAUCCUCAAUUCAGGCGAGGUUCCCAAUCUUUUUGAACCCGAAGAAUAUGAAAAAGUUUUGGCGGGAACACGUCCCGCUGCAAAGGAUGCUGGUAUAGAGGAGAAUGACCGCGAUGGCGUGUUUGCUUAUUUCAUUAGUCAAGUACGCAACAAUCUUCACGUGGUACUGUGUAUGAGUCCAGUUGGCGAGGCUUUCCGAACACGUUGUCGAAUGUUUCCGUCGCUGGUGAAUUGUUGUACCAUAGAUUGGUUCACUGAAUGGCCAAGAGAAGCUUUGUUUUCUGUCGCCUGUCGUUUCUUUGAAGAAAUUGAACUGGGCGGCGAUGACAUAAAGGAAAGCGUAUCUGAAAUGUGUGUGGAGACUCAUAUUAGCGUGACUCAAACAGCAGAGAGAUUUUAUAACGAGUUGCGCAGACGAUACUACACAACACCGACCAGUUAUUUGGAGUUGAUCAAUCUUUAUCUGACAAUGCUUGAAGACAGGAGAAAGAAAUUAGUUGGUGCUUGUGAUCGUGUAAAGAAUGGUUUGAAAAAGUUACUUGAAACAAACGAACUUGUUGAUAACAUGCAGAUUGAACUGGUCGCUCUUGAACCACAACUUAAACAAAAGUCUUUGGAUACAGAAAAAUUAAUGGAAAAGUUACAAGUUGAUCAGGAGGAAGCUGAUAAGGUUCGCAAGGUUGUCUUGGUUGACGAGAGUGCCGCUAAAGAAAAAGCUGCCGAGACCGAGGCGAUUGCUACCGAAGCUCAACGAGAUUUAGACGAAGCUUUACCGGCUUUACAUGCUGCCAAUAAGGCUCUGGAUUCCUUGGAUAAAUCUGACAUCUCAGAACUUCGUGUUUUUACAAAACCUCCAGAAAUGGUUAUGACAGUGAUGGAGUCUAUAUGUAUUUUAUUGGGAGCAAAACCGGACUGGGCAACGUCAAAGACUCUUCUUGGUGACUCGAACUUCUUAAAGCGGUUGAUUGAUUUUGAUAAAGAUAAUAUCUCAGACUCGACUUUAAAAAAGUUGAAAAAAUAUAUGGACAAUCCGAAAUUUGUACCAGAAAUCGUUGAGAAAACUUCAAAGGCUUGCAAGUCUAUGGUCAUGUGGGUAAGAGCCUGUGAUCUUUACGCCAAGGUCUUUAAAACUGUAGAACCCAAACGACAGAGGCUUGCUGCUGCACGUGGAGAACUUGAAAUAACCAUGGCAACUCUGCAUGAAAAACAAGCAAAACUGGCAGAAGUUGAAGGAAAGAUUGCCGAACUGCAGGCGCUAUAUGACAAUAGUGUUGCUGAAAAAGAAGAACUUACACGAAAUAUUGCUCAGACAGCCGCGCGUUUAAAACGAGCAUCAAAGCUGACGACAGCAUUAAGUGAUGAACAAGUUAGAUGGACGGAAAACAUUGCUGCAUUUGAAGUGGAGAUUGGUAACAUCGUAGGAAACGUUUUCAUUGCUGCUGCAUGUGUUGCUUAUAACGGAGCAUUUACUUUUGUUUACAGGGAAGAGCUUAUAUCACAAUGGAUUGGAAAGUGUACAGAACUUCAGAUUCCAGUUUCUGAGAACUUCACGCUCGUUAAUGUGCUUGCUGAUCCCUUUGAAAUACGGCAGUGGAAUGCUGAUGGAUUACCACGUGACAACGUGUCCAUUGACAAUGCUAUUUUUGUAAAGAACGCCCGACGUUGGCCUUUGAUGAUUGACCCACAAGAUCAAGCAAAUCGUUGGAUUCGUAAUAAGGAAGCAAAAAACGGAUUAAAAGUGAUCAAAUUAACUGAUGGCAAUUAUCUACGAACUUUAGAAAAUUGUAUUCGUAUUGGAAUGCCUGUCCUUCUUGAGGAGGUGGAAGAAACAUUAGAUCCUGCGUUAGAACCCGUGUUACUAAAACAAACAUUUGUCCAGGGUGGACGUUUACUUAUAAGACUUGGAGAUAGCGACAUUGAUUACGACAAAAAUUUCCGGUUUUACAUGACAAGCAAGAUGGCAAACCCUCAUUAUUUGCCCGAAGUUUGUAUUAAAGUAACAAUUAUCAACUUUACUGUGACGAGAUCUGGUCUUGAAGAUCAACUACUGGGUGAUGUUGUUCGUUUGGAGCGACCAGAUUUGGAAGAACAACGCAAUCAACUGAUCGUGCGAAUCAACUCGGACAAAAAUCAACUCAAGGCGAUUGAAGAUCGAAUUUUGAAACUGUUAUUUCAUUCUGAAGGAAAUAUUCUUGAUGACGAAGUUUUGAUAAAUACAUUGAAUGAGUCAAAGGUAACAUCUGGUGUUAUUUCUACUCGUCUUGUUGAAGCCGAAAAAACAGAACAAAAUAUCUCUACAGCAAGAGAAAAGUACAGACCUGUAGCGACCCGUGGUUCUGUCAUGUAUUUUGUUGUUGCUAGUUUAGCUGAAGUCGAUCCAAUGUAUCAAUAUUCACUCAAGUAUUUUACUCAGCUUUUCAAUACUUGUAUUGAAAAAAGUGAAAAAUCUGAUGAUUUGGAUAAACGUCUACAAAUUCUUCUGGACAACUGCACGAACACUGUAUUUGAAAACGUCUCUAGGGGCUUAUUUGAGAGACAUAAGAUUGUCUUUUCAUUCAUGUUGUGUGCUGAAAUUUUACGAGAACGAGGUGUUAUUUCAAACAAUGAAUGGAAUUAUUUCCUUCGUGGAUCUGCUUCACUUGAGAGGGAAAGACCUCCCAAGCCAGAAAUCUCAUGGCUGACUGAUAAUAUGUGGAACUCUUGUUGUGAUCUGGAGGAGGAUUUAUCCUUCAAAGAUUUGAAAGUUUUGAUUACAAAAAGGCCUCUCGUUGGAAAGAUUGGAUCACUAGAGGUUAACAUCAAUCCUCUUGAAUGGGAAAGCUACACAGAGGCCAGUGAUGGUGCGGAUGACUUUAAACUCACGGAUUUUGAAAAUCUCAUUUUGAUCAAAAGUUUCCGAGAAGAAAAGGUUGUAUUUGCGGUCAGUCAAUUUGUAUCAACCAAUCUUGGACGAGUCUUCAUUGAAAGUCCCAACACAGAUCUCUCGUUACUUUACAAAAAUAUGACAUCAAAUAUACCGCUUGUAUUUAUUUUGUCUACGGGCUCAGAUCCUAUGAACGCUUUCUUAAGGUUUGCCAAAGAAAUGGCUUACACUGAAAGGGUGCAAGCUAUAUCGCUUGGCCAGGGACAGGGGCCUGUUGCCGAGAAAAUGAUCAAAGCUGCGUUGAAAUCUGGAGACUGGGUUUUCUUACAGAACUGUCACCUUGCUGCGUCGUGGAUGUUAAGAAUGGAGUCCCUUGUCAAAGCCAUAUCAUCGGGAGAGGUCGAAGUUCACGAAGAUUUCCGACUGUUUCUCAGUUCUAUGCCAACAAAGGUAUUUCCAGUGACAGUACUUCAGAACAGUGUUAAAGUAACAAAUGAACCACCUAAAGGUUUGAGAGCAAAUGUAAAACGAGCGUUUGGUGAAUUGGGUACGGAUCCUUUUGAGAAUCAUGAACUCGGUAUUUCAUGGCGAAAACUCGUGUUUGGUCUUUGUUUCUUCCAUGCCAUUAUUCAAGAAAGAAAGAAAUUCGGUCCUCUGGGCUGGAAUAUAAAGUACGAGUUUAAUGACUCUGAUCGAGAAUGUGGUUUAGAUACUUUAAAAAUGUUCAUAAAAGAAUCAAAGAUUCCUUGGGAUGCGCUGGUUUUUAUUACUGGUGAAAUAACAUAUGGUGGAAGAGUUACUGAUGCCUGGGAUCAGAGAUGUCUACGUACUGUAUUAAGAAGAUUUUUUGCACCAGAAAUUUUGAAUGAUGCGUACAAGUUUUCAAACUCCGGUAUUUAUUACCCACCGGAUUAUGAUACCCUCCAGGAAUAUCGACAGUUUAUCGACAAUCUUCCGAUGAAUGACGAACCUGAAGUGUUUGGUAUGAAUGAGAACGCAAAUAUUGCUUUUCAGAGUCAAGAAACGCAAUCUUUGAUACUUACUGUCCUCGAUGUUCAACCUCGAAUGGUAAGUAGUGGUGGAGGAAAGACAAGCGAUGAGAUAGUUUAUGAACUUGCCGAAAACAUACUUGGAAAACUUCCUGAUAAUCUUGACAUGGACAAAGCUAAUAAAGCAUUAUUUCAGCAUGAUAGCUACGGUCGAGUUAAUUCACUGACAACAGUUCUUAUUCAAGAAGUCGAUCGUUUCAAUAAACUUCUCAAGAUUAUAAAGGUGUCAUUACAACAAUUACAGAAAGCAAUUAAAGGUUUCGUUGUAAUGUCGCUUGAGUUAGAUAAAGUUUAUACAUGUUUCCUAAAUAACCAGGUUCCUGAAAUGUGGUCAAAUGCUGCAUAUCCAUCGUUAAAACCUCUAGGAUCUUGGGUCAAGGAUCUUGUCAUGCGCACAACGUUUAUUUUCCAAUGGAUGGUUCAUGGACUACCGCGAUCUUUAUGGAUAUCUGGGUUCUUCUUUCCACAAGGUUUCCUCACCGGCGCUUUACAGAAUCAUGCGAGAAAAUACAAUCAACCGAUCGACCAGUUAUCAUUCCGCUUCACAGUCCAGUCGAAAUAUUGCAACCAGGAAGAGUUCAGCGAGAUGAUCGAGUCACGUGACGAGGAGGUCAUUGAGGCAAACCUUCCUCCUCUUUUAGAAGAUGGAGUUUAUGUCCAUGGAUUGUUUAUCGAUGCAGCCAGAUGGGAUGAUGAAGAAAUGGUCUUAGUGGACGCUCUGCCAGCAGAAAUGAAUCCGCCAUUGCCGAUUCUUCACUUGCAACCAGAAUUAAACUUUGUUCCUGACAAUACAAAAUAUAUUUCACCUCUGUACAAGACAUCAGCAAGAGCAGGAGUAUUGUCCACGACAGGUCAUUCGACUAAUUUUGUCAUAGCUGUCCAUCUUCCAUCGAAUAAACCUUCAGAUUUUUGGAUUGCUAAAGGAACAGCCUUACUUUGUCAACUGAAUGACUAAAUCUGGUUUUAAAAGAACGAUUUGUAAAUUUGUACAGAUUAGAGUCUUAACAGUUUGCAGGACAAGAGUUGAUUAUUCACAUAUAAACAAACAAUAAGUUUUGUCUGUUUUGUUUUCAGGAACAAGAUGGAACGUUGUGUAUAUUUCACAUUGAUAAUUUAUUAUGUAUUAUUUGCAUUGAGAAAGAUAUGUUUAAUACGAAAAAAUUUUUUACAAUUCUUACAUGAAAAA